UCUUGCUUUUAUUCCUUCCUGUUGAGUGAGUGGUUUUAAUUUGAGUGAGGAAAAUGAAUUCCAAGGCUGUUUUACUUUUGGGCCUGAUAGUUGUUCUUCUCAUCUCCUGGGAGGUGGCAGCGUCUGAAACCACGAAAGAAGAAAAAACACAGAUGGCAACGGAAACAAACGGAGGAGUUGAUGAAGCCAAGUAUGGCGGAUACCCAGGAGGUGGAGGGUACCCUGGACGUGGAGGAUAUGGUGGAUACCCUGGACAUGGAGGACAUGGUGGAUACCCUGGACAUGGAGGACAUGGUGGAUACCCUGGCCACGGCAGUUAUUACAGAGGAGGCUACUGCCGGUACGGUUGUUGUGGUGGGCGUGGGUACUAUGGAGGGGGCUGCCGACGUUGCUGCUCGUACCUCGGCGAGGCGCCUGACGCAGAGACUGAAGCCAAGCCUCAAAACUAAAGUGCCACUCACAUAGGUCAUUGGAUUGGAGUGGUGUCUCAACACUCAAUACCCUGUUAGUGUAUGUGUGUGUCAGUGUGUGAGGAAGUGUGAUAUGAAUAAUUAAGGAAGCUGAUUCCACUGUGAAAGCCUUGUCUGUAGUUCUGCUGGCUGGUUUUGCACAAGGAAAUAAUGUUAAUUGUUAUUGCAAUGAU